UUAUCUUCUGUGCAGCCCCACUCGUCGUUUCUGCGCCCCUGCCGACAAGCUGCACUCCCCCUUUUGCCUUUUUAUUUCCGAGGUGGAGCCUGACUCCCCGACUUUACCGAAACUGGAUUGCCGGGAAAGCAGACGGACCGGGUAGGACUGGGACCACAGUCGUUGGCACAGCUCUGGGACGAGGAAGAUCGGGACAGGGACCUCGAAGACGGCUUCAAGGAAGGAGAGAGAGAGGGGCUUUUUGGGGAGCGCAUCCUUUAGCAACGCAAGAGGAAAGAUGAAUCAUUUUGUACUGCUGCUGAUUUUUGCCACGGUUAUUGCCGGAAAGUCACCUCGGCUGAAAUUUGUUUUACACGGGCCCUCCAGGUUCCACUUCAACAAACCUGAGAACUACAUCAGCAUGUACCACCAGGAAGGGAGUGAUACGCUCUAUGUGGGCGGACGGGCAAUGAUCUAUGUGCUGACGUUCACAGACAGAGGGGUCCGCGACAUGCAGAUCCCAGCAGUGUCUGAUCAGACUGCUAUUGACACCUGCAAGGCAAAGGCGGCACCGCUUGAGCUGGAGUGUGAUAAUUUCAUCACCGUCCUUCAGAAAGUUAAUGACACAUUCAUAGUAUGUGGAACAAAUGCUGGAAGUCCCAGGUGCUGGAUGCUGGUAAAUGACACAGUGCUGACAGAUGUCCAAGGUGGAGGUCAGAUAGCAUCAUCCUCUGACAUCUCGCCACCCUACCCUUCACAGAGGUCCAUCAGUUUGCCUGCAGAUGGAAGUCUGUAUUCUGCCAUGUCGUCGGUGGGAGGUCACGCCGGCUCGAUCCGCCGUACAUUUGGCUCCCAGAAACUCCUGAAGACGGAGAACAUUUGGCUGUUAAACCCACAGUUUGCCGGAGCGGCGAUAAUCCCAUCCGCACAGAAGUUCAAGGAGGAGAUUUAUUUCUUCUUCAGUGAGUUCAACAAGACAGCCAGGGUGGACGAGGAGCCGUACAGGGCCCGCAUAGGCCGAAUCUGCACGGUGGAUGAAGGGGGCAUCAGAGCCCUGCUUGGGGAUUCUUGGACCACCUUCAUGAAGGCGCGGGUGAUGUGCGGUGCAGGAACUACUCAGCAGCAGUACAACAACUUAAAGCAGGCGGUGGUGCUAACAGCAACAGACAACCGAGCGGGGGUCAUGUACGGCCUCUUCUCAAAUGCAUGGGGGAAAACAGUGGUUUGUGCCUACUCCAUUCAGGAUAUUGACCAAGCCUUCUCCACCUCCAAACUGAAAGGUUACAGCAGCCCAUUCAUUGGCAGUCGCCCUGGAAUGUGCGCCCGCAAAACCUCUGCGACACCAGAGAGUCAAAACAUCAAAAACCUUGGAGUGAUCAGAUACCACCCGGAAAUCGAGGACGUGAUCCGGCCCGUGGGUGUGGCUCCACUCGACCUCCCCACGGACGAUCAAAUCACACACACGGUGGCCGACAUCGUCCUGACGGUCAACGACGAGCACUACAGCGUCCUGUACCUCGGAACAGAUCAAGGCAAAGUUCUAAAAGUUCUUCAUACCAGCGAGGAGGUCUUCAUCAUAUCUCAGUACUCUCUGUUCCACAAUGAGGGACCUGUUUUGAAAAUGGCCAUCGACUCGCCAAAGGGACACCUAUAUGUUGGUACUGCUAUGGAGGUCCAGCGAUUGCCACUGGCCGACUGCCGUCGCUAUGGCGACACAUGCAGGGAGUGCAUCCUUGCCCGGGAUCCAUACUGUGGCUGGGACAAGGCCAGGAGGAGGUGCAUCGCCAUCCCGCCUGGAUACAACGUCACAACUGGGACACUCAUUCAGAAUCUGGACCAUUCAAACUCUUCUGUUUGUGGGGAAGCUGCGGCUCUGAAGCAGCGUAGGACUUCUCCCAGAGAGGUUUUGGUGCAGUCCAACACUUCUGUGUUUCUUCCCUGCCCUGUGCGCUCCUUCCAUGCCACCUAUCGCUGGGAGAAGGACAACUGCAUCAAGAACUACCCCUGCCUCUUCUCCGGGGACUUCUGCGUCCUGGGGCCGGUGUUGGACACGCCGCUAAAGGAAGGCGUCUUCCGCUGCAUGGCUACUGAAGACGGAUUUAAGGUGGAGGUUAUCUCCUUCAGGCUUGUGAACGACGGCAGACUUCUGUCUGCCUCCUUUGCCUCCACCUUGGCCUUAUCCAUCCUGCUCGCUAUGGCUACCCUAUGGCUUCAUUAACUACAAGCUAACACUAAUGUUAACUCUUCAUUCUGAGUGGCUCCUACUUAAAGGGAUAGGCAAAGAGCCACUGUGUGGAGGUUAGGUUCGCAUAGCAUUGACGUCCAUGGUUGGGUUGUACAGUGACAACUUACUUUUUCUAUUUUCGUUUGUAGAGGAUAGAGUUUAGAAGAAAAAAAAAUCAGUGAAUAGGGGCUUGAAUCUAUCUUUUUUAGCAGAAAACAACAUAUCUGCGGCCACAGCUGUCUUAAUAAGAUCAAAACUGUAAAGUGCACACAUUACCAUUCAAAGUGAGGUGACUAGGAGUUGUUGUCCAUGAACGUCCUGCAAAUUCAAACUUGAGUCAACCAUAAUUAGGUGCUUUGCGAACCUUCCCUCUGACUAAAAAAAAAGAUAAACAUAUCUGAUAUCUGAGUUGGGCAAAAAACACCAAUACCAGGCCAAUUCUUUUUAGCAUUUAUGUCAUUAUUUUGAAAUGGACUUGAUUGUGCUUAUUUGUGGAUAUGUAAACCUUUAGUAAUGCUCUUACAUCUACACAUUCAUCAUGUUAAACGUCAUUAUUAUAGCUCAUUAGAACUUAGACGACUGUCUGGUAUUGAGAUUUCAAAAGCCUUAACACUUCUGGGACAUAAACUCCUAAGCACAAUUUUGCAGUUCAGGCAGAAUGCUGCAGACGAUGUAAUUGGUGCAGCUGAGCCUAACAACGUGGCUGGGUGGAAGGGUCAGCAUUUUGACAGGAAGUAGGUGGAUGGGCAACAGCUCGUCUUCGAACAUCACUGUGUCUCAGCACGUCCUCCUCAGCAUCUCGCAUCUAUAUUAUCACUGCACCGCGCUGUUCAAAGCUUUGUUCACUGUGGAGCUCUUUUUGGACAUUCUGUCAUCUCUUCUUCACCCCAGAGCACGCGAAAUGCAUCACCUUGUCAGCAGAAAAGAGCAAACCGCCUACUUUCUAUCGCGAUUCUACAGCUUUUUUUUAACCAAUUACUUGUUUUAUGCUCUGAUGAUGUGCACGUAGUGGAAAUCUCAUAUUCAUAAGAAUUUGAGAAUCAAAAUAGAGCUCACAACGGCAGAAAGGAGGUAAUGUCCUCCAAAAUAAAUCCACUUUCUCUCAGCUUGACAAUGCACAAAGCUUUGGACAAGGUGCAAUGCUACAGCCAUUUCAGUAAAUGCACAUUUGCAGUAUCACAGGAACAGAAAAAGCUACUUGCAGCUGUAUCACAGAGUUGCAUUUCAUAGUUUGCCAGGAGAAAAAAGGCUUAGAUUUAGAUUGGUGAAGUAUGUACUGGAUGUUUUUGCUCUGCAAAUGCUGAUUUCUACCAUUGCUGCCUACAUGUGUGAAAAUUAGUCUAGAUGGUUCAUUUUCUGUCAUAAUCUGAAUGUGGUCUGUAAACAUUGCCUGCUUUGCCUCUUUCCAUGGGUACAUCAAACUACCAAUGUUUUAUUUUUAUAUAUAUCUUCAGGCUGAUGGUUUUACAGAUUUGACAGAUUGGGAUGCUUCAGUGUUGGGAUCCUUGAAUUUUUAUGCUUUGAUAAGUUUAAUGGAAGAGUGUGUUUGGGAGGUUAACAAUGACUAAUCUUAGAAAAUCACACAUGCUCCGAAAGACCCACAACCAGCAGUGAGAUAGGAAGUUUGUGAUUAAAUGUCACACACCUGGAGUACCGACCUUAAAAAUUUACUCUGACAAAAUGAAUUAAAGAGAAGACAGAUUGGGGCUGUGCGAAAAAGUAAAUAAGUUAAAGUUUGUAUACAAUAAAAUACCAAAAGAUGCUCAAAACCUUGUGAGUGCUCAUCACCAGACUAUAAGAUGUACACUGUUGUAACAAAUGAUUUAGUAAAGUAUCAUAUCAUCCAGAGCUUUGAGAAUCAUCAUUCAUUUAUGAAACAUAAAUUUGGAAAAUUAAGCCUGGCAGGAAUGUCAUUAAUAGCAAAUCAGAUAAAGAAACCGAUUCAUCGUGCCCCGUUUGAAGGAAUUUAUUUCACACCAUCAGGGACAAUGACUCCACACAUGACCUUCACUGUGUAAAGUGUGGCAGAAAAUUGCGUUUACUGCUAAACUUGGUUUGUUUGUGGCUUAGUGAACUGUUUGUUUUCUGCACUCCCCUGAGAAGAGCUUCUGGCUUUCUCCACAAAAGAAAAACUAAAGCGGAGCCUCAUAAAUUCAGUGUUUAUUGCUUUUCUUUUUACACGCUCAUUUACAAAUCCCCCGGUCGUCACAGCGCAGUCUGACAAAACUGGAAAAUUUGAAUAACACCGGUCCUCCUGGGUGGGAAAUUGGCAUCUGUAGUCAGCCAAGUGCAGCUGAACAUGGAGCAGAGGCUGCUCACCUCAUCACCAGGCUUAAUACCUUAGGCAGGAGACUGAUACGCAUACAUGUGCUCAAAGCAUUUUAACAAAACAAAGAUAAUACUAAACGCUGAAUCUAUAAGUGCUAUAAAUGCUUUUGUGUUGUGAUCUGAUUUGAUUCAGAUGCAGAUAUUUGGCAACACAAUAAGGAAAAGAUCUCUGUGCUAUCCAACCUAUUCAAUGGUGGUUUGAGCCCUUUCACUUCAGAACAUUUUGAAAUUUUAAAUCUACUCAACGUCCUGCUACUUUGCAGAUAAUUACUAUUUUGUAUAAUAAUUAAUGUUUGAAAGUGUAUGAAAUGUCACUCACAAAGUGUCUCAGUUCAACCUGGAAGACUCUGUGUCACAUCAUCAUCAUCAUGUAUUACCUAUUGACUGUUGUUCUUUUUAAACUGUAACUUAACUGUCUGAAUUCAGGUUGCAAACAUUAGAUAUUUUUCUUAUCGGUAGAUGUGGGUGGAGUCACACUGGAUAGACACAUCACACCAAACUCUGAAGAAGUUCAAUAUUAACAGCAUUUGAUAACAAUAAUGAUCAAAAUAAUAAUCAAAAAUACAUGAUCUUCAUGAUGAGGACUAUUCUCCUAAAGAAGGUUGACUGUUUUACAGAAUAAUUUCUCAACUAUUACAGUUUUUGCUUUUUUGUUAUAAAGUUAUGGUCAGGUUGAAACACUACUUCCGCAGUUAUUUAUUAAAAUAUAUACAUAAUAUUAGUGUCAGUUUAAAUACAACAUAAUUACCUUUGUAAAACAGACUGUGAUAAUGGCUAUAAAGUAAUUGUAGAUGGGAUAUUGAGAACAAUGCUCCUGCAUACAAACACCUCAGUUCUACAAAGCUCUGUAUCCAGCAUAUAAUACACACCUCAUGCCCCCUAGAGUUUAAAGUGAGAAAAGGCCUUUUCUUUUUACUUUGGAAACUUGCCUACCACAUAUUUAUACACUGUAAAAAUGUAUGAGCUUUAAAGCAUGCACACAGCUUCCUAUUCUAAAUUGAUUGCAAAUCUUAAACUGAUAUACUUUGGAUUUUUUUUUUACAAGAAAACCAAUUACAGAAACGCAGUCACUGAUAAUGCUGACAAUGCACACAGUGUGGCAAUCGUAAAAAUAAAAAGAAAAGUUCAAAUUCCUCAGCACCAUUUGAGACGAUUCCAAGAUGGGAGAGGGAAAGAAAAAGAAUAAGGAAUAUUAUAUAAGCGUAAUCUCUAAGGAGGGAACAGACUGCGAGUUCUCUCCAAUACUUGCAGAGUGCUGUAUGUAGACACUCACUUCCUGCUUCUAUUAGUUGGCUCUUUAGACAAUGACUGUAUUGUAACUACACACUGAAUUAAUAUGCUCGACCAUAACGUCAUCGGCUUACAAAAACGGCGCAAUGCUUGAGCCAAUUAAUGUCAAAAUUAGUAUAAAAGAUAUAUUGUAAGAAUUUUUUUUUUUCAUGAACAGCCACUCUCUUGGGUGGUGGGAUUUCUUCGGACACACUGACCUCUGACUGGGAGGGGUGGCCUUAAGACAGCAUGUGCGAGGUGGAACGAGUCCAGGGUUUAUUCACCAUUUCACCCAAUCGUCAUCCAACACUGUGCAGUCACUUUUCAACCUAAACUUGUGCGACUGACAAGGACUUUUUCUCCUCAAACUUCUAUCUUGAAGCAGCAUCUCCACGAGCUUUCUUUGAUGUGGAUCCUCCGUUGGCACAGCCAACUUCAGUAAUCGCCGACCCACAUCUGUCAUAGAAUCUGAUAAAAGCUAAUCUCCCUCAAAGCUAACCCUUACUUUCAGCACAUCCUUUUUUGUAAUCAUGCUAUCUGCUGUAAAUUAGUCAAAGUCCAGUGAGGCAGGUCUCUGUUUUGUUUGCUGUGGGGUUUUUGAGUGUUAAGUACUGUACAUGAUGUGCAUCCAUGAUUAUGUGUCUUGAUAUUGGUUUGAUUUUAAUAGAAACAUACCAAACUCUAUUAUAUGAAAAGAGAUUUAUACUGUAUUGGUGCCAUGCCAUUUAAGACCAUCUCAUGACAUGACUUUUUAAACAACAGAUAUCUAUAGUAAAAUAGAUAUUCAUGUAACAAAUUCAUAUUGACAUGUGUUUCCCUGAACAUGUGCAGUGAAAAUUAAUAAAAUUAAGUAUAAAGAAA